AUGCGUGAGCUAGUGCACGUCCAGGGUGGCAACCAGAUCGGUGCCAAGUUCUGGGAGGUGCACAGCGUUGCCGGCUUCUUGCAGAUUCAAUGGACUGGAGGUGAUCGCCGACGAGCACGGAAUCGAUCCCACAGGUGUCUGUGCGAGGUGUACUUCAACGAGGCGACCGGGGGCCGCUACGUUCCCCGUGCGGUCCUGAUGGAUCUUGAGCCAGGAACCAUGGACUCCGUCCGAGCCGGGCCUUUUGGACAGCUCUUCCGUCCCGACAACUUCGUCUUUGGACAGACAGGAGCUGGCAACAAUUGGGCCAAGGGUGGGGCACCCGGUUGCGAGA